AUGGCUUUCCAGGAUGCAUUCUACCUUGACAAGAAUGGCUUGGGCUUGUCGGAAGACCUGCCCUUUCCGCUCGACUCCUCUCUUUAUCGGGAGAUCAAUGUCGGCGAUGUCCUGGAAGAGCGCACGCCAGAGUUGAAUCCGUUAAAUGCUGUUUUUUUGAGGCCUCGGCUGGUUGAAGUGACGCAACGCGUGGUGCCAAACUGCCCAAUCAGCCCAAACAGCCUCACGCCACAGCAUCCGGGUGCCUGUUCGGUGCCUUGGGCGCCUUGGACCACUUGGACCAAGCCCAACAACGAGCCCCGAAGAGCAGUGAAGGCCAACAAGGCUAAUUUUCACAGGAACCGUAAGCUUGCACCGCGCCGGCAUCGCAUGGGACGAGGUGCCUUUGACUUUACCGUUGUCUUCUCCGGCUAUGACCAUGACAAGCAUGCAGACUUUGAGCUCGUGCCACGGGUAAUCGGAAAGGGCGGCUGCAACAUGCUUCCUUUCCCGCGCAUGGGCGCGUCUGCUCGAGUCUGUGGUCAAGGUAGCGGACUUUGUGAAAUCGAAGAGCAUCCAGGACAUGGUGACAAUCAGGUUGACAAGAAUGAGACACUGCAGCUAGUAGUGUGUUGCAGCACGCAGGAUGUCAUGGAUGAAGCCAUGCAGUGGGCGCAGAAUUUCCUUGGGGAGCUUCGGACUCAUUUCCGCCGCUUUUGCCGCAAGAAGGGCUUCCCGUGUCCCGAGCUGUACUACAUGUACGGGCGGAGCGAGCGGGGCUGA